AGCCUGACCAGCCCAUCAUUUGUACAUAUGCUCGUCUUGGUACGGUGACGCAGUCCUGGCUCCCUCUCCUUCUUGUCCGUCGAGCCCAACAUCAACAGAAAAGGCCCGGCCUUCGACGUGAGACGCCCUUUCUACCACCUUCGCUUGUCCCUGCUCUGCAAGCUUCGGCGUCACCCAUUUCACUCGCUGUGUUUCGCCGUCCUUGACAGCCAUGCGCUUCCUGGCGACCCUCUGCCUGGUGGGCGCCUUGGCUGCUGAGGUCUCAGCCCACCGAGACCCCAACUUGCCUCAAGUUGAACGCCGAGGUGAAUAUGAAACUCCAGCGCAAAAGCGGCCUCGGCCUAGCAACCAGUAUCCACCACCGGGACAUACUUGGAAUCAUCAUUGCACUUGCUACCUGCCGCCACCGACAAGUACUACCGUGCCUGUUGUUGACUCCACAACAACCGAGUCUACGACGAGCAUUGUGUAUGACACUCCCUCGGAUACCUACACUGAGUCUACGACGAGCAUUGUGUAUGAUACUCCCUCGGAUACCUACACUGAGUCUACGACGAGCAUUGUGUAUGAUACUCCCUCGAACACAUACGGUACCCCCUCGGAUACCUACACGGAGACUACGACAAGCAUUGUUUAUGAUACUCCUUCGAACACAUAUGGUACUCCCUCGGAUACGUACACUGAGUCCACGACGAGCAUCAUUUAUGAUACUCCUACAAACACGUACGGUACUCCUACGGACACUUACAGUACACCCACCUACGGCACACCCACGGACACAUACACGGAGUCCACAACAAGCGUAAUUUAUGAUACCCCCACCAACUCGUACACAACGCCUGGGACUACCACCUCUGUGAAGACAGACACAUCUUGGUAAGAACGACCCUCGAUCACUCAAAUUACUGAAACUAACCCAUUUUUAGCAAUGCAGGAACUGUCACUGAAACACAAGUCUCCGUUUCCGUCUCUACUAA